AUGACUGACGCCCAACCCGAGCAAGUCCCACAAGAAGAAGGCAAGGUAGAAGUUGCUGCCGAGCCAACACCAGAACCAAAAGCUGAAGAGCCAAAGGCAGAAGAAGCUGGUGAAGCAUGCCCAAUUUCCUGCUCCGCCUGCAAGAGAGGUGAUGGCCCAUUCGGUCUUACCUGCCCAUGCAAGCACCCAGAAAUCUUCGAGAACUUCUUCAACAGCCACCCAGUUGCAUUCCGCCGUGUUCAGGAAGUUAUCUUCCUCAAGCGCCCAAUUGUUCUUGGUGUUACAUUUGUUGUUAUGAACCUCUUAUUCUUCAUCUGGCGUAAGAUGAACCUUAACUUCUACGCUGCUGUUGCUAUAGCCACACUCCUUUAUGCAGUUUACAACGCUUUCAUUGCUAACUUUGUUCCAAAGGUUCUUGAAAUGGCAUUUGGCGCUAACGUUGAGCCAGGCACACCAGAACAAGCUAACCACAUCCGUGAUGCUAAGGAAGCUGCUCAGUUCUUUGCUAAGUAUCUCAGAUUCAUGCCAGUUGUUCUUGGCGUUAUUGAGAAGCUUUACAAGGAUCAGACACUCGUUGGCCGCCUCAUCUGGUGCUCAUUCCUUGUUGGCAUCUUCAUCCUUUCCCUCUUCAUUUCUGUUUUCUGGAUCCUUGUUAUCGUUGCUAACAUCGCUCUCCUUUGCCCACCAGUUCUCACACACGAGAAGGUCCAGGCCCGCCUUAACAAGAAGUAA